AUGAAGGUCCUAUUUGUGUGCGCUGUGUUUGCGUCUGUCUUCUACCUUGGUUGGUGCGAGAAAUGCACGACGAACAGUGAGUGUGCGAGCACAUCGUGCGCUACCGGAAGUGUUGUCAUCUGUCAACAUCCGGACGGCGCCGGCAUCCAGACUGACGGUGGCCUCUGCACGUGCGAGCAGUCCUCUCAAGGAUCAUGCGUGUUCGCGGCUGAUUGCUAUGGCGCCAAUGCCCCAAGCCUUGUGUGCCCAGAUGAACGCCGCCACUGUUACGAUGGCAAGUGCAUCUGUGACCGCUGGGGAUCCGCCGGAGCGGGAAGAUAA